AUGGAUGACAGCAUUAAGCAGCAUUACUUGGCUGAUUCGCCGCCUACAGUUGUCAGAUUGGAGGUGAGGUCUCACUUUGAGACCCUCAAGGACCAAAAGCUCAGAAAAUAUGCGCACUUCAUGAGCAGGGCUGCAUUUGAGGGCACCCGUGUCACUCUGCGUCAAGUCUCUCCCGAAUCCGAGCCCAUCUAUGACCUCAUUCUCUCCCUCUAUCACGCUUCCAAUGGUGACUGGGACAGCCUCGCCCAGAAAACACAAGUGAGCACCGACGAUCUCCGUUUCUUCCUCGAAUAUGCAGGACAAUUCCUGGGCAACUGCGGGAACUACAAAGGAUUCGGUGACUCCAAGUUUAUCCCUCGGAUCCCAGCAUCCGCGCUCGAGGCUCUGGCAUCGUCCACCCCGGAGACCAUGGCGGCUUUCCAGAAGGCAAACAGCACUGGAGGGGGUAUCUAUGAGACCAGUGAACAGUCCAUGAUGCACCUUGGAUACCCUGACGGUGGCCACAUGACCACCUACUACCCCGAUUCACCCACAAUCUCGAAGGGCGAAAUCACGGCAAUCGGUGACUUGAUGGAGAAGAAGGGUCUGGCGUUGGAGAACACCAGAAUUCGCAAGACACCCUCUGGUGAUUUUGAGCUCUUGAUCGCCUCCGGCGUGUCAUCUCCUCCUGCUAAGGACCGUGACCUUGGCGAGGUGGAGACUUUUGACCUUGAGGGCGAUCUGAAAGGCAAGAACCUGCGUCUCGUCUUUGGUGACCACCAGGAAGAGAUGGCGAAGAUUGCCCACAGUGUCAAGAAGGCCGGUUUGAACGCUGCAAAUGUUAACCAAAAGCGGAUGUUGGACUCCUAUGCUCUGUCCUUCGGUGCUGGAUCUAUUGAGGCUUUCAAAGAGAGCCAGCGUAUCUGGGUGAAGGACCAAAAGCCUGCUCUGGAAACCAACCUUGGAUUCGUUGAGACCUACAGAGACCCUCACGGUGUGCGAGGUGAAUGGGAGGGUUUUGUCGCUUUGGUCAAUUUGGAGCGAACUCGUGCCUUUGGUGCGCUUGUAGAUAGUGCUGAGAGCAUGAUACCUAAGCUUCCCUGGGGCAAGGACUUUGAGAAGGACACUUUCCUCAGCCCUGAUUUCACAUCAUUGGAAGUCUUGAGCUUUGCCUGCUCUGGCCUCCCGGCCGGUAUCAACCUCCCCAACUAUGAUGAUAUCCGUCAGAACCUUGGCUUCAAGAACGUGUCCCUGGGCAAUGUCCUGAGCGCCAAAGCUCCUAACGAGCCUAUUCCUUUCAUUAGUGAGGCCGACCUGGAUGUCUACCGCAGAUGCCGCGAUCCCGCAUUCGAAGUGCAAGUAGGCAUUCACGAACUUUUGGGCCACGGUACUGGCAAGCUCCUCCAGGAGACAGCGCCUGGGGAGUAUAACUUUGAUAUUAAGGACCCUCCCAUCAACCCAGUUACCAAUAAGCCUGUGUCAACCUGGUACAAGCCUGGACAAACAUGGAGCUCCGUCUUUGGCUCUAUUGCCUCAUCAUAUGAAGAGUGUCGUGCUGAGUGUGUCGCCAUGGCUCUGGGCUGCGACUUUAGCAUUCUGAAGAUCUUCGGAUUCGGCGAUGGCAAGGAGGACUUGUACAGUGAAGCCGGUGACGUUCUGUUCGCAGCAUACUUGUCCAUGGCCCGUGCCGGUCUUGUUGCCCUCGAGUUCUGGGAUCCCAAGACCCAGAAAUGGGGCCAGGCUCACAUGCAGGCCCGUUACAGUAUCCUGCGCACCUUCCUCAAAGCCGGUGAUGAAUUCGUCAAGCUUUCUUACAGCAAGGAGGAUCUGUCCGACCUAGAGAUACGCCUCGAUCGGUCUAAGAUUCUGACUCAUGGGCGUCCCGCUGUCGAGAAAUACCUCCAGAAACUGCACGUAUACAAGAGCACCGCAGACAUUGCCGCUGGUAAGGGAUUGUAUGAUGAUAUCACGUCUGUUGAUAGCUGGUGGGGAACUAAGGUGCGGGAUGUUGUUCUUAAGAACAAGGUCCCUCGUAAGAUCUUUGUUCAGGCCAACACUAUCCUGGAGGGUGAUCAAGUCACACUGAAGGAGUAUGAGCCAACUCUUGAGGGUCUGAUCCAGAGCUUUGCUGAACGCAAAGUCUGA